AUGGUUCAACUUCAACGUACUACACAAGAAACAUCACAUCGAAAGAUUUUCAAUCAAGCAAGAGGUCAAGCAAAAGCCUCCCAAGUAUCUUCAACAACUGAAAAACCAAAAAGAAAAACAACAGACGAAAAUUUCGAUACAACUCAAAGAAAGAGACCAAAACAAUUUGAACCAUCAUCAAAUCACGCUUCAUCCAUUCGUUUUGAUGUACUUACAAAUCCUGUAUCAUUGGCAAAGGGAAGCCAGAGAACACAAAUUAAUACGGCUCAAUUCAGUACGUAUCGCGCUCGUUGUCCUCAUGGUACUGUCGAUACUGCACAAAUUCGUAAACAACGUAAAAAUGUUUUACAGAAGCAGCAAAUAAAUAUAAUGCAAGCACCACAAGUUAAUAAUUAUGACGACGAUGAUGAAAACGAAUUAACAACUCAAAAUAAACUGAACAACUAUGAUGACGAUGACAAUGAGGAUGAACAACUUACUGAAACCAUGACUCAACCACAAAAUCGAUUGAGUCAUCCCCGUAACACACGUCAACGUUCGUAUGAAUUGAUUGAUGAAGCAGAUGAUUCAGAGUCAAUUAAAGAACGCGAAAAUGUUGUUGAUGCAAGUGAUGAUAAUCUUAGUCAACUCUAUUUUGAUGAUAAGUUUAAUGAAUUAAAAGCAGAUUUGGCACAAACAACAAAUACAAUAGCAGGCAAUGUACAAAUUCAAUUGAAUAAACUUGAUAAACAAUUGAAAUCAUUGUCAAAAGCGGUACAAGACUAUUCCGUUAAUCCGACUUUGAUACCGUAUCAAAAUCUUACUUACACGUAUCCGAAAACAGUGCCAUUCCGUGGCAUCAACUUGUUAACCGCCUCAAAAGCCACGGAUUAUAAGAAAUACACUAGAACAAUACUAAAACUACUAUUUUCCUCUAAGGAAUUAAGCGAAUCAAUUUUGAUAUCAAAUCCACGAUAUACACGACCAGGAUUAGAUCCAGAACGAAUGGCUACAUGUUCAGAGGCUGUUGGUGCUCGUUUCAAAAUUGAUCCUGAUCGUUUCGAUGACUUUUUCCGGACAUGUUUGAGAAGAAACCUCGAACAAAUGAUAUGCGAUGUGCGUCGGGCAACUCGGAAUUCAGCUAAUUUUGUUGCAGAGCAGUUGCAUGGGGAUGAAAUAGAAGGAGCAGAGGUCGUGGGUAAUCGAACCUCGGAUAGUACAGUGUCCGGUCGUCGUGAUUCGAAUUCAGGUGGUGGAAUGGAAAAUCGUAAUCUUUAA